GACAGCUUCCCUUCUCGACAUAUCCGCGAACAGCCGGCAGCCGUACACCGCGCUUACCUUACUCCCUCAACCGAGAUUGCAACGAUAGCUGCUUCCUAACAUACAUAAUCGAGCCGAGUGACCUCUUGCCCGCCAUGUCUGCCGCCACCGCCAAUCCCCCCGCCAUACCUCCGAGACCGUCCAGGAGUCAAGAGAAGCAGUCGACUCCGAUGAUCCCCCCGCGGCCGACCAACAGGCGCGUCCAGCGCUCUAUCAGCCCCAACCCCGACCGCUUCGCUCCGUCGCCCCUAAACGAGGGCGUCUUUAAGUUUGGCCAGGGCCUGCAACCUGGCGCCCGCAAUGGCCACAAUGGCGACUUGAUAGCCCGCCCUACCUCGGUCGAGCUACCCACCCUCGGCGAGGAAGGCAAGGAGUAUGAGAGUGUGGCCGAGGAGUUGAGUUCGGGCAAAGAAGGAAGCGCCAGUCCCGAGCAAACCCGAACCGUCGCCCACGAUCUCAAACUCCACGCCCCGAAGCCGUCGUUGCCCGCCUCGAGUGCCAAGCAGCGCGUCAUGGCCGUUACGCGGACCGACAGCGAGCGAGCCGCCUCCUUUGGCAUUGGGAGGCCGAGCAGCGUCGAUGAGUCGGGUCCGGCCCAGCCGUCCAGCCGCAGUCUGAAGAAAAAGGCGAGCACCACAAGCCAGCUGUCUACGCCCGAGAGCCACGAUGAAGAGCACGGCAUUCCCGAGAUCGGUCUGCAGGUCCCCAUGCUCAAGAAUGCCGGCGACGUCCAAGCCCCGUCGCCUGCGCCUGCCGCCACCGAAGGUCUGAAGGGCAGGCAUCAUUCGCGGAGGACGUCCGCUCAUGGAAACCUUCCGCCUGGAAGCUACGGUUUGCAUGGCCACGGCGUCGCCCCGCAGGAUAAGCUUGAGAAGGCCUACUACGAGAAGCACCCAGAUCUGCUUAAGAAGGAGCAUGUGCCCCACCAUUAUGAUCGCCCCAACGACUUCUCCAUGAGCCGCGAUGACCUGAACAAAAUUGUUCGGGAGACCGCGAGCCGCGGCGCUGGUCUUGCCACGAAAAACUAUGCCGGCACCCCCAGUGAGCAGAUUGGUUGGCAGGCUCUUGAAGAGUCGGCCUCAAGGAUAGCUUCCCCUUCUAUUGCGUCACCCGAACUUGAGAAGGCCGUGAUCCACAUCGACGAGCCGAAUCGUAGGAGGUCGGUCAUGUUCAGCGACACCGAGUCAAACGCGGGAGACGCGGUAAAGAGCCCUUACACGGCCCCCAUUUUGGCUGAAGACGAGAUUGCCAAGGACCCAUCGGGCCUCGCCCACCAGCCGGCUGUCGAGCCUCCCGCCUUCGAACUGGAAGGUCCAUCUAGCCGCCCUACAAGCAGGCCCGCCAGCCUGUACAAGGAGACGUCGUUUGAGAAGCGUUCAACCCCUCUGGAAGACGUCAAGGAGUACGAGCCGCUCUUCAAGGAUGACGAGAACAUUGAGGAGAAGAAGCCUGCGAAGGAGGAGAAGCGCAAAUCCAGCCACUCGCAUCGCUUCCCCAGCGCCGACGUUUGGGAAGACGCACCCAGCAGCGUCUUCUACACGACGGAGGUUUCCACCCCGGAGGUUUUCGAUGAGAGUGAAAAGCCUUCGCCAUCAGUCGUCCCUCCCCCAAGAGAGGGCGAGACACCAGCUCAGGCCUUUGCUCGCCACCAGGAAGAACUUGCCGAGAGAGAACUCCGGGGGGAGCGCGUCACAGGAAAGCCUCUAUGGGCGCAGCACCAGAAACACCUCAUCGCCGAAAAGGCAGCAUCCCGUCCAAACAUGCAGCAGCGAUUCCCCAGCCGUGACGUCUGGGAGGACACCCCCGAAAGCCUGCAGUUGGAAACCACGGUGUCCACUCCGCAACAGGACGACGCAGCCUCCCCUUCACCAGCCGACGCUCUAAAUCCCGAAAUCCCAGAUCGGCCCCAGCCCAAGCCGACCGAGCCACCCGCACCCACCGACAAGCCCGCUGUACCCGAACGCCCCAAACCAAGGCAAGCCUCCGUCGACGACAAGCCGGCCGUUCCUGACCGCCCGAAACCGCAAAUCCCCGCCCGCCCCGCUAAAGCGGGCCCUACCUCGGGCGGCCUCGAACCCGCCGAGGCUGCGGCGCCACCUCCCCGCCAGAAGCCUGCUGUCCCGGCGCGCCCGAUGGGCUCCAAGAUUGCCGCGCUGGCAGGGGGGUUCAUGAAUGACCUCAACAGGCGUCUGCAGCUUGGUCCUCAGGCGCCGCCGCAGAAAAAGGAGGAGCCGGAGGACGAGGAGCAGGCUGCUACCGCUGCUGCAGGGGGAAAGGAGAAGGAGAAGGUCCCGCUUAGCGAUGCGCGCAAGGGCAGGGCCAGAGGCCCACAGAGACGGGCGCCUGCUGCUGCUGCAAGUGCUGCUGCUGCGCCGCCGGUGGAGGAGAAGAGCUGCGUGGUGUGUGGGGUUGUGGGGGCAGUGACAUUCUUUGAAAUUGAUCCUGAUGAGGGGAUCGUCAGUGCUGGUGGGGUGACGGGUGUCCCUGAGCCUGGACCUGAGGCUGAAAUUGAGGCCAGGGAGAAGAAACUGGAGGACGCCGAGGUCGAAGCUACCCCCGCUGAGGCUCUGGAAGACGAAGAGGAGGAAGCUGACGUCGCUGCCGAGCCUGAGCCGAAACACCAAGAUGCCUCAACCACAUACGAGACCAAGGCUCAACCCGUGGCAGAGUCCCAGCCUGAGCUCAAAGCUGAGGCCGAACAUGCUCCAAAGGCUGAACCUGGGUCCGAGCCGGAAAAGCAAGAGACCAAGUCCCUUGCCACCAACAUGGCUGGCGAGACACUGAUCGCGGAGGAUGUCAAGAAGGAUGAGGAACACGAGGCUGUCGAGUCUGUGAAAGUGGUGGAGCACUAGCUGAUUGGCCUCCUAGCGAUGACGGGUGAACGGUUGUGAGUAGCUGCGCUUGUCUUUGCAUCUGGUUCGUGCUUGUCCUGCUGGUGAGAGUUGAAAAUUUACUUUCUGGAUUACUUUUUGCU